AUGGCCGACGCUUUCGACGACGAAUACUUCGCGUACCUCGAACAGAAUAUUGUCGAGAUUUUCAAGCUCACGGAGAUCAGCACUGGGACGCCCUUCGUCUCAGGAUGCCCGACGUUCAAGCGCCCCCGAACGCAAAUUGCCCCGCACAGGAUGGCGCCGCCUGGAGGACUUCCCCUCGAAGAGUUCCGGAUGCAGCCGAGUUCGAGGACGGAAGAGUUUGAGGACAACGUCGUGCACUUUGGGCUGACCGACGGUCGUCCCGGAGUCUCGCUCGAGUCCGCGUUCAGCGGCGACGGCGAGUGGAUGCAGAUCCAAGACGGGGAUCACCCGGCGUAUCACCCCGACUGGGGCGUUGCUGCUAAGGGCCACUUCCGAUGCCAGGUAUGCCGCGGCGCCCAUCUUCAAGGGUCCUCUGGCAAGUACGAGAGGCAGAUCACCGCUAUGAGAUCCACCGCCGGGGGCGAGUCUAUCACCCGCAAGACGCUCGCGAGGAAGAUCGCUAUAGAAAUCGGAAGUGCCAUCAAAAAAGUGGAGCCGCAAUACUACAACGGAAAGAAGAUCAAGCUCGAGCACCUCCGAUUGGUCGAGUACCGACGCAAGUCCAAGGGAUCCUGGGAGCCCGUUUUGCAAAUUAACGAGUCCAUGAUGGGGUAG